AUGUCCCAGGCUCGGAAGUGGAAGACAUUUUCUCCAACCGUUCCGGAAAGAGCAACAGCUAGGUUUAGGGGUGAGACUUCUGCUGGUGAAGAGGAUAUUGCGAAUUUAUUACAGGAUUCAAAUUUUGAUGUGGCAGAGGGAGUUAGGCUUCUAUUGCGAUUGCGUGUCUCGUUGAAUGGUAAGGUUGAUGAAUUUAUUAGAAGACUGGAUCACUUGACAGAGUGGCUCAAGAAUGUAGAUGAGGCGUUGAUUGAUUUCGAGGUGAGGUUGGGGGAGGUUGAGGCAAAGGUUGGAGGGGAUGUGGUCGGUGUCGGACAUUCGGGGGAUAUGGAUAAAAUUUUUACGAAAUUGUCCUUUUUUGAGAGGGAACUGGAUGCGAUGGACAAUCAGAGAAGGAUGAACAAUGUUGUUAUUCAUGGAUUGGAAGAGAGGAAAGAGGAGUCGUCUCUGGAAAUAUUUGAUACUGUUAGUUCUUUUGCGGUUAAUACUUUGAAUUUAUCCGCGUUACAUUUUGUAAAUGUGCAUCGGAUUGGGAAGAGAAUUGGAGAUAAACCUAGACCAGUGAUUUGUCAAUUUGGGUCUUUUAGUGAUAAAUUAAAAUUUAAAAAGGCUGUAUUUGAAAACCGGAAUCUUAAUGUUGCUGUGUAUGAUGAUUUUUCUAAACGUUUAAGGGAUAUUAGAUACAACCUAAGGAUUUUUGGAAAGAAAAAAAGGGAGGAAGGAGCAAGGAAUGUUCGGUUAAGCUAUGAUAAGUUAUUGGUAGAUGGAGUUCGGUAUAAAUAUGAUGAAGUAUCGGCCAAGGUGGUGCCGAUUUCAUAG